GAUUCUUGGGGGCAGCCAAAAUGAUGUCCUUCGUCUCUCUGCUCCUGGUGGGCAUUCUGUUCCCUGUUAUCCAGGCCAAGCAAUUUACAAAAUGUGAGCUGUCCCAGGUGCUGAAAGACAUGGAUGGCUAUGGAGGCAUCACAUUACCUGAAUGGAUCUGUACCAUAUUUCAUAACAGUGGUUAUGACACACAAACCGUAGUCAAUAACAAUGGCAAGACAGAAUAUGGACUCUUCCAGAUCAAUAAUAGACUUUGGUGCAGGGACAAUCAGAUGCGUCAGUCAAGGAACAUCUGUGACAUCUCCUGUGAUAGUGAGUAG